GAGCAUGCUCCGCCCAGUUCCAAAAUGGCCGCCGCGCCAGAAUAAACCGGGGAAAAACAAAAAAAAUCCGUUUUUUCGGCUGGGGACAGCCGGAAAAACGGGGGUUUCCCGGGGAAAACGGGAGACUUGGCAGCUAUGCAAAAAGCUCAUUCAGACAUGUAUGUUUACAUACCCUCCAAGGGGCCCGGUUUUCCAGGGACAGUCCUGGAAUUACGAAAGCCAUCUCGGUUUCUGAUUUGAUCCUGGAAUGUCUCUAUUCCCCCUGGGAAGAGUGCCGCCGAGCAUUUAUAGUUUCAAGUCAGGGACUUCUAAGUUAGGUUCAGUUUGUUUCACUCUCUUUGUAUAGAAUUAGGCAUUGGAAUUACCCGUUCCAGAGAUUUUCACGGCUUCUACUCGCUUUUUCGUUUUUGCAACCGUUGUCCCCGUGACUGUCUUUUUUUGCUCCUCUCCUUUUUUUUUUAAGGCCUCAGAAGCAAUGGAGAACUGCAAUUAAUUGUUGCCGUUCCUUUUCCUCCAAGGCAAAGCGCGUGUUCUUAAAAGAGUUGGGAUAAAAGUGAAAUCUAAACAGGAGUAUGAUUAAUGGGAAACAAUUAUUUGGUGGCGAGCCACUUUGUUUCGGAUUCCAAGACAGUUUUAUUUGAAAUUAUGGGGAACUUCAUACCAGAGGAUUAGAGUACGGCAAGUGUAGCAAAUACUGUACUGGCUCAGCUGGCAUGAAAAGGCAUUAUGCGAUUGAGCCUUAGGUUCCUUCCUUCAUGUGCCCAGAGUCAAUCCCUCACUCACUGAUCAAUGCAAACCAUAAUUUGCUGUUACCACCAACCUAGCAACCUGUAAUUUGCACCCAACCUCCAUACCAGAAUUUAAAACGAUGGUUUGCAGGGUAAGUGCAAACCCUAGUUUAUUGGUUGGGAUGCAGCGGCAAACGAUUGCUUCUGCUAAACUGUGGCCUUCCGAUUACAUCAGGAGAGAAGGAAGGGUCUUGAUCACCCUUUGACAAUCCUCUGCUGGCCACAUGCCAGGAAUGGGUGUGGCUACCCUGCACAUGGCACUCGCAAACAUGUACACACAUGUAUAGGCACAUGCAGACAGCCCAGCCAAUCAACAAACUGUUGAAUGGGGAGUGUACAAUUUACAUCCCCAUCCAUCUGCUGUGUUCAGUGGGGGGAAUUUAAACCUCUGCAUCCACCCCAACAUUGCCUGCUUUAUUGUUAUUUGGGGAAGCUGUAAACAUGGUUUGAACCAUCCCUUGCGUUACCUAGUUAUAAAUUAACUUUUGACAUUCAUCCUGUGCUUUCGGUUUGGCGGAUCCCUGGUUGUGUGUUGCAAAUUUGGGUGAAAGCAUUCUCUCCUUCUGGUUUGUGGCAUGUGGAUACUUCUCCUUUCUCUUUUCUGUACUCCCUUUCUCUCAGCUUGGAUGAUUUUAGUAGUUUAACAAAGAGGUUAAAAGAGGGGGGGCAGGCAAUCUUUUGAUAACCUUUUGCAAUGCUUAUUCUGUAGCUCACAGACCUCUGAGUCUGACAUGCUGGCAAAGAUGAACAGCUGGAGUUUAUGACCCAUCACUUUACUUGUUCAUGGUGUGCCAAAAAGCAUGUCCUCCCAGGAUGUCCAGAGUUUCUUCCAGCCCUUGUCCUCAUGGAUGUCUCGGGUCUAUGAGGCUGUCCAAGAAGCAGGAGACUCCAUCUCUUCUUCCUUCGCCAACCUGGGAAGCAAAGCGGAUCACCAUCCCACUGAUGAAGGAGACGAGGGCUUAGAAGACAGUGAUGAUGGGUCUUACGAACGUUACUCCGAAGCUUCAGACGAUGGAAGCACCUUUAGCCAGGAGAGUGGAGAACCUGAUGACUUCUCAUCAUCUGCUCAUGACCCUACUUCUCUGGAGUCUUCCUGUGCUUCAGACCUGGGUCCUCGUUGGCACGAAGGAGACAAGAGCAGCCCCACCUUCUCAGAUCAGUACCUCGAUGAUGAUCCCUUGACAUCCCAUGGGCUCUAUCCAAGCUACAAGGGCUACCAACUUAUGGAAACCAUCCCGGAGGAAGAGGAGCAUUCCAAACAGAGUAAGAAUCUUCUACGUAACUGUGAUGUGAAUAGCUACGGGGAGGACGAAGACCUGACCACCUCCUCGGACAGCGACGACGAGGUGAUCAAGCAGUUUGAGAUCUCCGUUUCGCGCUCGCAGAGCUUCCGCUCUGGCGUUUCCGAGAAAGGGACGCAAGCCGGUUCCGAGCGCAGGCCCAAAUUCAACCGCUUGCUGUCGAACCACGAAGAGUACAGCUCCGAGGCCUCUGAAUGCGAAGAUCUCGAUGGGUUCAGCCAACUGAGUUAUCAAGACAACCUCUCCUAUCAUGAAGAUGACCACCUAUCCCUCGACUCCAGAACGGCGUCGGAGAGCAGGGGCUCUGGGCAGCCCAAAGACCCCAGGGUGGAGGUCAGCGCGACGCCCAGCCUCAGCCGGCAAGAGACGGAAGGGAGCUUGGAAAUGGAGACGGCUUUUAGCAACCAAGGAUUCGAAGGGAACGACGCCACGGACAGCUCGUCGGCCUGGAGCCCGGAGGAUCACGAAGGAGCGAGUGCCCUUCCAGCUCCCCCAAGCAGCCAUGUGCCAAUUUCCAAAUGCGGCGACCUGGAUGUGCUCUUUGAGUACAAGCCCUCGAGCCAAAAGCUGCUGGUGACCGUCCUGGAGGCAAAGGAGAUCCCCGACAAGGACCGCAGCGGAGCCAGCUCCUGGCAGGUGCACGUGGUCCUGAUGCCCAGCAAGAAGCAGAGAGGGAAGACGAGCGUCCAGCGGGGCCCCAGCCCCGGGUUCAAGGACAAGGUGACCUUCAGCAAGUUGGCGCCCGAGGAGCUGAGCAGCUACGCCCUCCGGUUCCGGCUCUACUCUGUGCGCAAAAUGAUCAAGGAGAGGAUGAUGGGGGAACACCUGUUUUAUCUCAGCCACCUGAACCAGGAAGGAGAAAUGAAGGUCACGCUAGUCCUUGAGCCGCGGAGCAACUUGUGUAGUGGAGGCUCCCAGAUGAGUCUCUCGGCCAUCUCUCACAGCGACAGUGCUUCUUCAACCCAGUCCCUGUCGCACGGAGGGGUACCGGAGCUGUUGGUGGGACUAUCCUACAAUGCCACGACGGGGCGGCUGUCAGUCGAAAUGAUCAAAGGCAGCCACUUCCGGAACCUGGCUAUUAACAGGCCACCUGACACUUACGGAAAGCUCUGCCUCCUCAACUCCGUUGGCCAGGAGAUGUCCCGCUGCAAGACCUCCCUCCGCCGGGGGCAGCCGAAUCCCGUCUACAAAGAGACUUUCGUCUUCCAGGUUGCCUUGUUCCAGCUGUCGGACGUCACGCUGAUGAUCUCCGUCUACAACCGCCGCAGCAUCAAGCGCAAGGAGAUGAUCGGCUGGCUCUCCAUGGGGCAGAACAGUAGCGGGGAAGAAGAGCUGAGCCACUGGCAGGAGAUGAAGGAAUGCAAGGCUCAGCAAGUGUGCCGCUGGCAUACUCUCCUGGAAUCCUAAGGGAAUCCUAAGCCUCCGAGGUCCCGGCAUGGUGGUUGUCUCCACCCGAGGCCCAGAGGGGUAGGCCAACCCUCCCCGGCGUUUGAAACACGAAGGACUGCCAAGUUCCUGCUAUGAACUGGACAUCCGAUGAUCUCUACUAGUCACGGUCGUACUUGCACUCCCCCCCCUCCCCAAAAGAUCUCGCAAAGUGACAGCCAUGCCAUUGGCAAAGGCAGAGCAGGAUUGGCACUCGGAUCCGGCCCCUCAGAGAAGUAGGCCAGGGCUGAUGAACCUUUUCUGCUCCUAGGGCCGCCUCCUGCUCUCGGCAACCUCCCGAGGGCCACAUGCCACUGCUGAGCAGGGCCAGAGGCAAAAUUUGGGGGGGCGGGCAAUGGAGUUAAAUGUUUCAUUUGUCCAGUAGGCUGAAUUUCUAGACACUCACAGCACAUAGCCCUUCCGAUGCCUUGUCCACACCAGCAAGAGACGUUUUUAGGGUUGAAAGGAUGCAUUCCGGCCAGGGCAUUGAGUUUUGAGGACCAGAUUGCAAGGCCUGGGGGGCUGCCUUCAGUCCCUGAGAUUCCCCGCUUCCAAAUUGUCUUUGGCGAUGCCAUCAUGUAGCCAAAUCUGAUUGGUUGGCCUAUGGAAGAGGGGCUGCAAUCGGCAGCAAGUUGUCAUGCAAGAAGUAUGCUUUGAGGGUACAGUUUUUCUCUUUGAAACCCUCCCGUCCCCUUUUUCCACGCCAAAAAUAAUGCUUGCUGGAGAACAUUUGGCCCAACCCCAAUUUGCUUAUACGCUGGCAGUCGCUGAGAUGACGUUUGGAAGAGGCUGCUUGGCAAAGAAUGGAAAGAAUGAAUGGUUCCGACGGGAAUGUUUGGUAGAAGCCAUGGAGGGGGGAAAGACAGUAUCUAGAAGGCGUAGAUAACUGUGUAGAAGCUGGCCUGACCCUGCUAGACCCUGCUCAAGUCUUCCUUUUUAAUUUCUCAGCCUCCUGCAAAUUUGGUCCCUCUGUUUUCUAAACUGAGUGUGGCCGAUGUGUUUUUGCACCUCUAAUCAGCCCAAGCAACCACAGUCAAUGAUCAGAGAUGAUGGGAUGGCAAUCCAACAAUACUUGGAGGACCACAGACCCAGAAUCCCCAUGAGGGCUAGAAGCUUAAAUAAAUUUGUUUUAACAAGUUGAGGUACAAAGCCCACACAGAAAAGCUUAACUUCUGGCAAAGCUUGGCUUGUGCACUCAGAACAUGGAGGGUGUGUGGAUGGUGCCAUUUGUAUGGUUUCGCUGAUAGAUGGUUUCGUUAAUGGAGUCUGUUGAAUCUGAGUGGAGCCAGGAGUUUCCUUUCUGGGGGCAGAGGCUGCAAAGGUUUUGUCUAGCUUCUAGACUGGUGCGUUCUCUACACCUCCCACGAGGAAAGGAGAAUCAUCUGAAAGAAGCGGGAUCUCCAUGUGCAGUACAUCGGGUCAGGACUCAACGGAACACCAGUUUAGUCCCCCCCCCCCAAAUAAAAAACAGCUGAAAUCAAUCCCAACCUUGGGAACAAGGGCCCAGGAAAAACCAGCACAGGCAAAAAUGGCCUCCUUAAGCACCAGUGGCCUGUAAGCGAAGCAAACUCCUUCGGUGCAUGGCCAUCUUUUGGGGAUGCUUUAGCUAGGAUUCCUGCAUUGUUGGGGCUGGACUAGAUGACCUCUGGUGUCACUUCCAACCUUACAAUUCUAUAAUUCUGUGACACAGCCAGUUGAGGGUCCCAAGAGCCAGAUACGCUGUUGUCACAAAGCAAGCAUUUAUUUUACUUUGGAACUUAGGAGCCAACUCCUAGGGGCCGAGGGGGCUUCCCACCCCAAUAAAAUAUUUGAGGGGGGGCCCAAAUUUGGUGGGCAUUGCCAUUCGAAUGCUGUGCAUGCACCAUGUAAUGUGAUCGAUUAUGUGGGGCAGAGAUUACCUGCCCCCCCCCCAAAUAUUUUAUUCAAGUUGGCUGUCCUGCUUAGGAACAAAACACUUAUCACAUGUGAAUAUAGGCAGGUUUUAGGGACUGAUCAACCAAAACUCAUGUUUUUGUUUUCCUUAACACCUUUUUAUUUCAGAGGACUAUGGAGGGAUGGGAGCUGGGUGAAAGAUUUGUUUGAAAUUAUGCAGAUGAGGUCAUUAGUCUAGCACUGCAUAUUACUCAUCUAUUCUUUUUUUUUAAAAAAAAAAACACACCAAAAAACUGGGGUUUAAGUUUCUAUUCCUGAGACAAAACAUCGUUUGCUGCAACUCCAGGCUUGGAAAGGGGUUGAGGGAUGACAAUGAGUUGAAGCAGGUGGACCAACAGAUCACCUUUGGGAGAGCUGUAGAUUCCGCCCACCCCUUUAAACUUCCAAGUGCCUAUAGGCUGUGCUCAAACUUGGAUAUGUGCCAAGAAUAGCAAUGGAUCCGACAUGAGCAAAGAACUCCUUCAUCUUCCCACCCUCCGCAAUGUUCAAAUGGUUGCGUGAGAAUGUGAUGCAGCAAUUGAUGGAUGCAGCAAUUAUAAGGAGGUGGCUUGCAUUGUCCGUCUUUAGACCUCUGCGUUUUCUUUCCUUGCCAAAUCCACCAGUGGGAAUGCCAAAACCAAGGCUGGUUCCCAAUUUUUUUUUAAUUGAGGGAGGGGCUUUGGCUGAAAUCCAUUCUGCAGCUCCUUAAUUUCCAAGGCAAAAGGCCCAAUUAUUCAUUUGCCAGCCUUUGCACACAGAGGUGGGCAUUUCUGUGCAAAGGCUGAACACACACACUCGUUUGCAGCACAAAAACUUUUUCUUGAAUCCAGAAUUGUUCCCACUCGUCCUGAACAGGCUCCUUUCAAUGCAGAUUGAUUCUAGAUCCUGCCAUCCACAAUGAUGAGUGCGGUUACUUGAGAAGCAAUUGAAAACCCUCCGUUGCGCAGGUUAUCCAUGCCUUUCCAUCCCUGAACCUGCCCCAGGUGAAUGAAGAAGGAAGUGGUGCUUAUGAUCUCGGUGUAUGGCUCUCACAUAUCAUUGGGCAGGCUUGGAUAGACACACCAACACACUGCAGGGACUGCCUUACAUAGGAUUUCAUCAUUUUUUAAACGGACACACUUGCAUGGUAAUGCAGACUCAAUCUGCCACGAGCUUUUCAUGUUGAAACCUGUUUCAACAGAGAGCCAGUGUGGUGUAGUGGUUAAGAGCGGUAGACUCGUAAUCUGGGGAACUGGGUUCGCGUCUCCGCUCCUCCACAUGCAGCUGCUGGGUGACCUUGGGCUAGUCACACUUCUCUGAAGUCUCUCAGCCUCACUCACCUCACAGAGUGUUUGUUGUGGGGGAGGAAGGGAAAAGAGAAUGUUAGCUGCUUUGAGACUCCUUAGGGUAGUGAUAAAGCGGGAUAUCAAAUCCAAACUCUUCCUCUUCUUCUUCUUCUUCUUCUUCUUCUUCUUCUUCUUCUUCUUCUUCUUCUUCUUCUUCUUCUUCUUCUUCUUCUUCUUCUUCUUCUUCUUCUUCUUCUUCUUCUUCUUCUUCUUCUUCUUCUUCUUCUUCUCCAAAAGUGCUGUUCAGAGAUUUUUUAAAAAAUGCAAUAGGUCUAGAUUGCACGUGGAAGAGAAAACAAAUACUUGGUCUCCAUUGAGUCUAGAAUAAAAGGUUGUGUGUGCACAGCGAAAAGCGGGCACCUCGUACAGGGCUGUCUUAAGCAUAUCUGGCGCCGUGGUGCAAAGAUCCCUCCGGUGCCCCCAUUUCCCAGAGUUGUUGACCUUUUCCCAAGCCUCUGCGUGGAUCUCUCUCCUCCCACGGAGGCUUGGGAGGCAAGCUGCACGCCCGCCAGCCAGCCAUAUACCCGGUAGUUGGUGGGGCGCAGCUUCCAUCCUAAGCCUCCGCGGGAGGAGAGCGAUCCCCGCAGAGGCAAGCUGCACGCCCGUCAGCCAUAUGGAUGACGGGGCACAGUUGGUGGGUGUGCAGGUAAAGGGGAGGCCACCGGCAAAGCCACGCAGCUCCCCUUUACCUGCUGGGGCGCCCCUGAGAGGCCAGCGCCCUGGCGCAAUGCACCACUAAGCCCAAUAGGAAAGACAGCUCUGACCUCGUACACACCGAUCUCACCUUGCUACACACAGAGAUGCUGCAUAACUCCUGCACACCAAGUGUGAUGAGUUGCCACUUGCCUAGGGUCGCUUCCGGACGUGUUUAUUUAGCAUCUUUCCCAAUUUGUUUGGACAGGUUUUCCAGGGAAGAAAGGGAGUGUUCGUUCUGAUUUGCUCGCUGGGAGGUUAGACGUAGUCAUCCCAGGAAACGUCACAUGUAUUUGCAGGCUCGUGCCCCUGUGGCAGCCACAAGAAGGGUGCACCAGGCCACUGGGGAGGAGCCCCAAGAGCCAGCAAACAGCCUAUGAGCCCCAUAGCAUUGUCUGAUGUGUGGGGCGAGUGCAGCAGGGGGCGGGAUUUGGGGUGCUUCUUCCAUGUCAGAGGUGGGGAACCUGCAGCCCACGGGACACAUUUCAGCCUGCAAAGACAUUUCCCCCAAACCAUGCCCACCUGCCCCACACACCCGAUGCUGCGUUUGAUAUCAGGUGUGGGGAGACCUGGUUGGAUUGGCAAGUUCUCUGUGGGGGACACAAUCCCUGCAGAAAGCAGCUUUGCCAGCCCUGUGACCAGCAAUUGAGAAGGGCUGAGCUUAGGGCAUCUCAAAUUGGCUUGCAGGGCUGGGAAGAGAUCACUGGAGCCGAAAAGGUCCUCAGUCAGUAGAUGGCUCUGCAAGAGCGUUCACCCCUGAAGUCCCUUGCGCAGCGUGCCUGUCCCUAAGCAUGGCAGUGUAAUGGGUGCAUGAGCAUGGAAUCAACCCUCCUCCUUCCAGUCAAAGGAGCCCCUUUUUAGACUUGCUAAAUGCAGAAGCACAGUUCGUCAGAGUAAGAUUGGUAAGAAUUGGGAUCAAAAUCUUCAGGAUAAAUUAAGCACAGUUUACGGGCAAUACCUAAUUAUUAUUAUUUUUUAAAAUCUGUAUAAUUGUAGUUUUGUUCUUGCAUCAGAAUAUCCUUGAUUUAAAUGUAUGCGUUGUUUUAGUUUUUACCGAUAGAAACAAAAUGUACACCUUGACCGUUUUCAGAUACUUACUUUUGUGUGAGAUGCAUCUGAAUGUGCAACAUUAAACUUGCAACAUUUCUCUUAA